AACUUUUUUGGCCAGCGUUUAUGGAAUCGCUCGAAUGGGUGUGCAAGAAGGUUGUUUCCUCGUUUCCCUGCAAGUGUGUAUAGCAUACACAUGAGUGUGAGUGUGGUGGUGAGCAGCGAAGCAAUAGAACCUGAUUGAGCAAUGCGCACACUUGACCGUGUGCGCCUGGUGUAAUGUGUUUGCGUGAGAGCAGCAGUGUGUCCGUGAAGCGGAGGUGAUCGGUUUUACAUUGCUUUCAUUCACGAAAGUGCGGUGAAAUCUUCGUCUGGACCCAGUCAGUGAAAAAAGAGAGAGAGAGAGAGAAAAAGAAGAAAACAAAUACGGCCCGAUGAAUUGGUUCGUUCUGUUUGCUGCGUAAGUGUGUGUGUGUGUGUGCGUUUCUGUGUGGUGGUAGGGGAGGGCUGUGAUAAUUGUUACCCCUCUGUUGCCCUGUUCCCCCCCCCCCCCCUCUCCCUAUUCCUGGAACGAAAGUGGAUCGGUUUUUGGGGUCUUUCCUCCCCCAAAAACCUCAACGGUGAUGAUCACCGAUCGUUUCAACAGUGACGGUGUCCAUUCGUGCGUGCACUUUUGAGUGUAGUGUGUGUUUGUGUGUUUGUGUGUAUGGGAGCGUGCGUGCGAUCGUGAUUUUACCGUGAGUGCUUGCAUUAUCAACAUCGCAUCAUCGAUCUCUCUCUGCGCGGGUUCCUCCAUCGUGGUGAUGAUGCAAGUGGUGGUGCACAAAGCGAAGAAAUAGAAGAAGCAGUGUGAUCGCAUCGUGGUGCUGAAGGAAAAUCGAAGCAGCAGCAAGUUACAGAAGAAGAAAAAGAAGCCCUGUAUAAGUGAAGAAGCUGUGUGGGAAGUAAAAAAAAAGAAGAAAAAUCCGUGAGCUUAGUGAGAAGGAAGAAAAAGGGCUCUGCGCGCAUCUCACGGUGAGUGCGGUCGAUCGGUGGUGGUGCGCUGCGAUGUAUGGUGUUGUGUGCGUAUGGUGAAAACAGUGCAAUAUGUCUCCGUCUUCGUCCGUCAGUCGCAUUUUUUUCCACCGCACGCGUGCCCCUUUCCCCUAAAGGCCCGUCGUUGAUCUUUCCAUCGCGCGAGUGACAUCAGGAGCCAAGCCGCAGGAGUGUUAAAAUAGAAAUAUCAUUUAAUUCCGCCGCAAUUCAGGCUCUCGCAUGGUGUGUGCGUGUGUGUGCGUGUAUAAGUCACUCGUAGGGUGAUGAUGGAAUUGCAACUACGAUUACUAGUAGCGGCAACGAUAAGUCGUACCAUUUUUCUGCUGCAGCAAAAGGCUGGUGGCACGUGGGGCAAUCUUACUGCAAUGGCAACGACGACCACAAUGAGCGAAGGCCACAAUACUUCACCAGCGGCCAACUGCAACGACCUGUCUGUGCAGCAUCGUCAGAUGACGUGACGUUGUACAGUCGGUAAAACACGGAGAAAAUCCACUACCGUUUUCCACCAGCAUACAUUAGGCGAAAUUGCACUAUUAACAGUACACCAGACGCGGGUGUGUGCCGAUGAGCACACAAGCAAAGAAUUAACAAUAAACACACAUACCGUGCUCAACCUUCUUCUACCAUUAGUUUAAGCAACAAACCAAUGAACGAUGGAGUCAUCAAAGGCAGCAACUGUACCAACAACGGUAACUAAUGCAUUAGAAACGGCUACGACUACCACUGCAGUAACUCCAACAGUAACUCCCGUCGUCUCUGACCUGGAGCAUGAUAAAGAAAUCCCCACCGCGGUAACGACCGAAUGUACCGCAGCAGACGAUACAGAACCAAAAAUCGAACAAGUGACACCGGCGGAUAUGGAACCGCAAAGUCCACCAAACCCGGUCGACAUGCAGGAGCUUGUUGAUCCGCUGGCAGUGUCAGAAGACACACCGGAAAUUAGUACAACUUCCAUCGAAGCGGAGAAAUCAUUGGAAGAACUAGCAAGUACGAUAAAAGAUACCCAACCAACAGUAGAGAAAGAUCCGCUGGCUGGUGUUUCGAACGGUGAGGUGACGCCAGAACAGGUCCUGCAACCGACUACAUCCACUGAACCUGCAGUUGUUAGUGAAGACAAAUCCUUGGAAAAGUCUUCAGAAGUGUCCGAAUCUACUCCAACGUCGACAUCUUCUCAUGGAGAGAAUCCUGCAACAAGCAGCAGCAAUGUUGGUGAGGGAGGGAAAUGUUCGAAUACAAUUUCCCUUACAAAAACACCUCCACCAGUAGUGGAGUCUUCCACGGCCUCUCCGGAAAAGUCUGACGCAGUCGUAGCAGAUGAUUCUCCUACUCCACGGGAUGGACCCGGUAUCGUACUUAUAACGACAUCCACGGUUGAUAGUAGCAGCAGUAGUGAUAAAACUGAUGAUAGGAACGUUGAAACCGUCAAAGGGCCUAGCAGUAAUUGUAGUGAUAAUGUAAAUAGUAUUAACAAUGACUGCAGCAGUAGUAGUAACAUCAGACACAGUAAAGAGGCAGAAUCUCAAUCAACUGCCACAGAAAAUGGCUCUACGAGUCUCAAAGCGAAUACGACCACAACGGAUCCGAGCGAUCGAACGCGAUCACCUUUUACUGAGAUCGUUCCACCAUCAACGGAAGAGGUGACUUUGAAUGCUGUGAUAGAGAAGGAAACAUUGGCAAACAACGUAGACUCAAACCCGAAUGGAGUUGUGAUACCGCGACAGGAAGCCGACCAAGACGAGAAGCAGCCGCUGGAAUCGUUAACACGAUUGGAUGAAUCGCACGCACGGCUGGACGAAAAUAAGCCUUUAGAAAACAAUUCUGAAACAAGUGAUGUAAUCUUGAAUCGGCCAAAUGGACAGGAAGAAACGAGAGAGACUGGUUGUGAUCCUUCCGACAGCCAAAAGAGCGAUGUAACGCCAUCUGCGACAGGCACCGUAAAUGAUGCAAAUGGGCAAGAAAAACGUGAAGAAACUUUUCUAGAGCAUCGCGAAUCUUCAGCGAUACCACCGGAACCCGAUCCCGGUCCACCUGUUGAGGAGCAGUUUCGUCCGGUUGAUUCCAAAAGUGCUGAAAGCUGUAACAAUCUUAAAGAAAAUGAUACAGCCAAUAGUGCCACCUCGGGUGAGGCACAUUACAAUUCCGUACAAACAUCACAAAACAUGGAUGCUGAGUCUUCGCAAAACGAGAUGAUUAACGGUAGAUCUAUUAGCACCCUCAGUACUGGAGUCACCGGUCGGAGUGAUUAUCAUCAGCAGCAACAAACGCCACCGGUCUCUGCUCGAAAUCCAUUGCAGUUCACCGAGGUAGCGAACGACGAAGUUGAGCUAAAGGUAGAUGGUGGUCAUCUGCUGGAUCGUGUCAUUAAGCUGUCGCUCUUGAAGGGUCUGCAGGACAGUGGGAAACGAUUGGCAAAGAGCAGCCUGAUCAUUUCCGGAGCAGGAGCUAGUAUCGGUGAGGCUGGAAAUGGCGAGGCGACACUAGCAACAACUUCCUCGCUGAGCAAAGCAAAGAGUGCGGCCGCAGGCUUGCGGUUGAUGGAGGAACAUAAAACUACACCACCCGCAUUAGUUGCAAAUGGGGGUGCAGUCGGAAACGCGGAGGGAGCCCAUGUUGCUGAUACGGAAAUAGCGAGCAGUACGAAAGAGGUAGCAGACUCUCCAAAUCGUCCAACUGCACAGAGUGGGGGAAGGAUACGCCAUUCGAGUGAUACUACCGUAAGCAGUAGUCCUUCUGGAGAACUGGAUGGAGGGGUACGUAGCAGCAGUAACAGUUCGUUAGAUUUUCGAGAGGAGGAAAGAUCACCAACAGUACAGGCGCAGGAAGCUGCAUCGCCUGCAUCCAACUUGGAAGCUUCUUCCAGUCGAAGCUGUUCCGCACGGGAUCCAGUAGCCGCUGUAGUACCCCACAGUAAUGAGCAUCUGCCCAUGAAAGCACGCAAACCACAGUACUACGCCAGCAUACCGGAUUUUUCAAAGCAACAAUUCUCCUCGGCUGCACCUCUAUCUUCCGUGUCAACCUCGACGACAACGACCGCGAAAAGUCUCGCUCAGUUACAUAUGAAAACGCCCGAUUUUAGCCGUUUAGCGUGUGAUACUGUACCGUCCAGCCAAACGUCCCCGUCUUCCACGACGACGAACACUGCAAUUUCCACCGUCGCCUCCACGAACACGCGAACAACUAGUGAGUUGAAAAUCUCGAACCCGGACUUCACGAAAGGAUUUGCAACGCAAAGCUCAAACUAUAGUUCUUCGGUACAAGGUAACGAUCAGCAGCCACCGGGAAAUGCCAGCAGCUCACCGUACGUUACGCAGGAUACCUUCAGUAAGCUCAUUAAGGAGCGAAACUAUAUAGCAGAUUUGCAGCUGAAAAACCCACCUCCGUCACAAAAUCAAGUUUCAUCUGAUGGCCAAACGGUUGUCAAAAGCGUUGGGUCACAGAACGAUUAUCCGACCUCGAGGGUAGUUGUGGUAGACACCACAUCAACGACACUUGGAGGUGCUGUACCCUUUGGACACGCUACUUCUACUCCUAUUGCUCAGUAUCAUCGAACCACGUCAAUUGAGAAUGGUAUGGAACCGGAACCGAAGGCUCAUGUGAUACACAAAAAUACCGGAAGUUCUUCAGCAUCACCACUACCACCCUCACAAGGCAGCGGAGUACAUCAAGCACCGAAAACGUGGAAUCCUCCUGAGUUUACUAGUAAACACUUUACCCAAGGUCCUCCGAGCAAUAGUCGGACGGUGGGUUCAAACGGAGCUGGACCAUCCUCCACAUCACCUUCAUCCCGCGAUCCUUCUCCUGCGCCUUCGUCUUCCUCACCGCAUCAACCAUCGUACGGACAACAUCCUGGUGCAUUAGUGAACUAUACAAGCAAAUCCUCUCAUGCAGGACCAACGUCCGUUGUCGGAUCGGAGAGAAUAAUCGUGAAUAACGUGAGAACCUAUUAUCCUGAGGCUUCCGUUCCACCCGCAUCUGCAUCGGUGCCACAUUCCGGAACCGUUUCCCAGACCUCUGCGCCGUACCAUUCGUUGCCGAAGGUGAAGGACCCCGAGUUUCGUUUGGAUCAAAAUAGAGAGCAGUUGCUAUUACAGGAAGGUACUAUCGUCACGAUAAAACAAGCGCAAACAAAUCACGCGACAGGUAGAGGACAACUACCUCCUCCCAUUACAUCGAGAUCACCGUCCGCUGAGAGACGCGAGGCUCAGAUGAUGCAAAAUUCGCAAGAUAUAUUGUAUCGGGAUUAUAAGCAACAUAAAAAACCAACCAGUUCCAUAGGUUCGGUCAGUAGUAAUAUGCGUCCAGCCGGGCCCUCACAGAGUCCGGUAGAUCGUCGAUCACCGUACGAUCCAGCUGCAUACUAUUCACAGUCGAUUAAUCACCACAGACCUCCAGUAAUUCCUCCUCAAGGUGCUGGGUUGAUGCACCCACCGCCACCAAACUGGCCCGGACCGGGACAACACCUUCCUUCACAGCAAAUGCUACGGGGAGUUGUUGGGCCGGGUGCACGCAGCAGUCCACAAGACAAUGGAGCAAGUCCGGUGUCAUCACCUGCUCCGCCACCGACCACUCAACACCAUUAUCAUAAUCAUCAAGCUCCUUAUUACGGGCAGUACAAAAAUGCUCCCAGUCCCGUAUCGGGUACGACAUAUGGGACAAACUCUACCCCUGCUCAGCCGCAAGGAGCCGGUACUAAAUAUCCACCCCAACAACAUUAUCCUGGUGGAACUAGUGCUUCCGAGCGGAGACACGAAGUAUUGGACCGUGGCGUAGGUUCAGGUAAUUACAAAGGAUUGGACUACAACAUGGAGCAAAAGUUUGCGGAAGUUUAUCAAGCACAUCAGGCCAAGGAGAAGCAGGCAGCUGCAGAAGCGGCUGCAUCUAGCACUGUAAGACAGGCGUCUCGUCCAGCAGCUGGUACUGCGAGUGGUAGUCCCGGAAUUUCAUCAACACCUGCGACAUCAUCCAAGGGGCCAGCAUCUUAUGGCUCGACUGGCUAUGAGCAGUAUCAUCCGUACUACCAACAUUCGCAAGCGACACCUUCUCCAACGUCUACGCCAUCGCCAGUGCCUUCCCCACACCAUAGAAAGUACAGUGGUCCACCAUCAAGGGACCCUUCGCCACUGGGACAGCAACCUCCACAACAACAUCAACAUUAUCGAUAUGGAUCAAGUGAAACACUGUACCACGUUCCUGCAGGAGGUCCUCAAGCGAUGUAUGUGCACCCUGCAGCUCCAAAGCCAAAUGAACAAGGAGCCACACAACAGCCCAUUCCUCCUGCAUCCUACUAUCAAAGUCAGCCAUCGUCUUCGUCGUCCUAUUCCAGUGCAACUACUACCUACUCCAACCGUCCUCAUCACGGAGUGGUUUUGAGUUCAAAUCAUUCAAACUCUGCACAACAGUCUGUGAUAAGCGGUAAUCCGUAUGAUCGUUACGUUCAUCCAUAUGCUAGCAGUGGAUCGUCUCAACCCGCACCUGGGGGACAACAGCAACAACAAUCACACCACUCUAAAACAUCACUUCCAUACCCCCCAGCGGGAAGACUCCAAGGACCACCGCCUUUGCAAUCAGGUCCGGUUUCGGUGCCUGGUCAAUCGCCAGUCAUCCAUCCUCCGUUGAUGACGGGAAGCAAAAACAUUCCUGUUCGAGUUAUCGCUACAGCUCCACCAGCUGCUGUGUCAGUUACCAAUGCUGGCUCUCUACCUACUACUGUACCUACAGUGCAGCCACAAGGAACAGCUCGAGCCUUGGGACAGUCCAAUGCAACGUCUUCAUCUACUGCUGCACCGUCACAACCAGUGUUGGUGUUAGCAGGCGAGGCAAACGGUAGUCAACGUGAGAUGAACACCGUUGCAGCAACGACGCCGGUAAUUAUCGCUCCUGCAAAACGAGAAUCUCCACUUGAUCUUUCAGUAAAAACUGUCAAAACAAAAGCCGAUUCAACCGGGUGUGAUGAUUACGCUAUGAGUGCUAGUAACAGUAGCAUCAGCAGCAGUAGCAGUAGCAGUAGCGGUGGUGGUCGACCACGCGAAGUGGUGCCAAAAGUUGACUUUAGUCCAAACUUUCAGAAACACAUUCCCAUGAGAAAUCCUGGCCCCAAUGGUGCUUCGGGCGCUGGCCCACCAACAGCAGAUGUCAGACAGUCAGAACCACAAAAUCUUCCAAUACCUUCACCAACGCGUCACGUUUCUGUCAUCAGUCCAGCAAUACCUCCCGGUUACGAUAAGAAAACGGACGCGUACAUGUCAGCAAACUAUCGUGCCGUUGGUGGACCCUUGGUAUCUCCGGCAUAUCAAUACUCUGCUGUUCCAACUCGAUUAGGGCCGGGUCCACCAGGAGGAUUUGAAGGUUCGCCGGCGGCAGCACCGGCUGCCUCGUCUUCAAUGGGUUCGGCAAGUAGCAAAAGUGUGUACUACCCUCCAACGGGACUAGAUUAUGGACGUCCUGCUGGUAAAUCUGGUUCAGGAAGCAUUGUAACCGGGCAAGCUGCAACGGUACCAGCGACAGCAGCGAAUGUACGUUCCAACUCAACCUCUCAGGGUUCACCUCCGACUGGACACCCGCCACACUCAUCAGCAUCCGCUCAACCUCGUCUAGACGAUCCCCGCAUCGAGGAUCGCAAGUUCGUGGAGAGCAUGUUGAAGAAGAAAACGUCGCCAUCUUCCGAUGUAAUGGCCGACCUACAAGCCGGAAAGUUUCCAACGCGAAUUCCACAGAAUUUGGCACCCAAAAAGCGAGUUGCAGCAGCUGCAGUAGCAGCUGCCGCUGCUGAAGCCGCCUUGGCGAAGACACCUUCUGUUCAAGGCGAAAUAUCUCCUCCGACUGCUCCAACACCAGCAAAGGUAGCUAAAUACGAAGACUCUACAGUACCGCGUUCCCAAGGAGGUCCUUGUCCACAGGGACCGUCACAAGGACAUCCUCAACUAUCUCCUCAUGGAGCACCGGAUGGACGGUAUCCAAAUCAUUCCCAAGGAACUCCACGAGAAGGAUCUUAUGUAAACUAUGUUCCUGCUAUAAAUCAGGCAGGCUAUCAUUAUACAAGCUCCUCCGGCAAGCGUUCAACGGCACCCGAAAUACCCAAUAGUCCGACUGUACAUCCAUCCGUGAUAACAACUAACUAUCAUCAUCAUCCGCCGGCCGUGUUGCAGCACCAGUAUGCCACAGAUGCACGCUAUUAUCAGCAUCAUACCGCUGUACCAGUGAAAUCGCGAGAUGAUCCUAUAAUUCCAGUGUACCAUCAACCGCAUUUGAGAGGUGGAAGUGCGGUAUCUUACACGCCACAAGCGUACGGCGAACCUAACGCUCAUCCACCCUAUCCUCAGCACCAUUCCGAACCGAUGAUGUAUCAUAAGACUCCUUCUGAUGCCCCGCCAUUUCGUUAUGGAGAUUCUUUAAAGGCACCUGCAGACCAUACGGCCGUACAUCAUAUGCAGUCUCAUAUACACUAUACGGGCGGAAAUGCAGGCCCUAUGCCAAAGGUUGGUCUGGGAGCAUCCCAUCAAUAUCAACAGCAACCGCAGUCGCAACAUCAUUCUCCGCAAUCGGCGGUCGAAUCAAUGACAGUCUCUCAGUAUCCUUCAAACGUUCAUCCUAACUACGGACCACCACAACAUCAUCGUGGGGCGGAUCAAUCGGUUAUUUCAAAGCUACGAACUAGUCUCGAACUAAAGGAGUACGAGAAACAACGUAUCAAUCAACUCCGUAAGCAACCGGGAAUGGAACUAGCGGAUGAAGACCGUGCCCCGAAAGCAACAAUGCCAUCAGCAUCUCCAGUAGCGACCAGUGUGCUGCCUACGGUGCAAGAUUCCCCAUCACCAUCGUCGCGCUUUCGGACAAAGGGUGAGCUCAAAGGUUAUACCCCAUUACCGACUCCAAGUGCAGUCACCAAGCCACCGAGAUCCACCAAUGAACCACCUCCACUGUCUUUAAAAAGAGGAGAUCCUGGGUGCGAAGAACAGAAGGCAGAGGGAGAAGAAAAGAAGCGAUCAAUUGUUCCACCAAUCGAUAUGGACGGUUCAUCGGCAUUGGAUAUAUUGGACUGGGGCAGUACCUGCAAUGAAUUUGUCGAACAAUUGCAGACGGGCAAAAAGCGAGGACGACGGAAACGAACAGCAGGCACGGUAACCGCAGCCGGAUCGGUUGGUGGUCGCAGUUGGCCUGCAAUCGAUUCGAUCGAAACGACGAUUUCGGUGGCUGAAGGUUCUACGACGGAUUUGUCGGCCAUUCCGAAGGAAGUGCUCAAUUCCGCUCGUUCGCCGCACCGUCUCAAAGGUGUUCGAGAUGGAAGCGAUAGCUCGAGCGACGAAGACAAACCACUGCUGCUACUUCGCCAACAGUCCCAGCAACAGCAAAAGGACCAAGAGCAGGUGGACAGCAAAGCACACGCGGGAAUGGUACAAACGGAGAAGGUGGCACGUAAUCAACGUGAAAAGCAACGACUCGAACUGCAGCAGAAGCAUGAAGCUAAACUCGGCCGUUCAAGUAGCACAGAUAGCGAAACGGCACGGGCUGCAUCGGCUCAGCGCGCGAAAGCACGCGUUCGUAAGCUACGUCAUCGUUCGAGUGUCGUACCGGUCCUUUCGCUUAAGUCUUCCGAUGGGGACGGUGACGUGACCGCGGACGGUGGUGAAGAUGAAAGUGGUAAACAGACACAGAAGCGUGUGUCACAUGCGCUAGCGAACAGUGCAAAACGAAAGCGUAUCCGAGGACCAGGUUCCCGCUCGUCCUCGUCGUCUUCCUCGUCAGCGUCCGAAAGUAGCGCUCCGGCGCUAAAAAUGCCCGAAAAUGAACUGCCAAGAAAACGGGGCCGACCAAAGGGAACGGGAGCUGGUGGUAAGCGAGCCCAACAAGCGACCAGCAGUCGGUGUCAGACGGGUACGAUCAAGCAGGAACCGAAUGAGAACAGUGAUCUUAGUUCGGACGAGGAAUCUCGAGCGAUACGCACACCGCAUAAGAAUGCAUCCGGUACGUCUAACAAUAGUGACUCCACAAAGAAGCGUGAAGGUGGAGCAGCUGUUAGUAAUACGGGAGGAUCUACCGGUAGCGGCAAUAGCGCAGGAGGCAAAGCACAACAUGGAAGCAAAGUGAGCGAAGGGUCAACGUGUAACUAUGAACAGAAGGAGAAGAUUAUCAUCUCGGGGGCUAAGAAAAAGCUCACAAAAGCACGCACUAAUUCCCGCUCGAAGGCAGAUUCGUCAUCGGAUUCGUCAUCUGCUAGUUCCUCAUCCUCAUCGUCCGAAGAGGAAGAGGAGGAAGCGGAAGAGACUAUGACGCGCUCACGCAGCAAACGGGAAGCUGAACGUCGACGAUCGAACAGCAAAGUGCUGCGCAACGAUAAGAUCGUAGAGAACUGCCCGAAUCCGUCACAAAACCAACGCGUAGCUCGCAACCGUGCUGACAGCGAACGAACUCCGUCGAAGAAGACCAAAGCUCGCAAACUAUCGGUGGGCGAACCAACGCCUAAGCGAUCUAAGUCGCGAAUCGUAGAUUCGGAUUCGGAUGGGCCCAAGGCGGGAGGUGGUAACGCUGUUCCACGCAAACGUACACGACAGGCUUCAAAAAACGCGCCAAUGUCGUCGGCUGCUUCAGGCGAGUCGACGGACAGUUCGAGUGAGGAUGAAGGCCGGAUGGAUCUGUCCGAGCGUUUGCGGUCUCGGAAAGUUGCCAAAAAAGUAACUGAAGAGUCAGCCCGAAAGCAGCCAUCUUCUAGCUCCACGAAGAGUGGCUCUCGUCGGGAGAGCACUACCUCGGCGAAAGGUAGUGAAUCAUCCACCAAGAAGAAGAGUAGUGGUGCUGGUCCAUCUUCCAACUCUGCAUUGGCUGGAGUGAAGAAAUCCUUGAAAGAAUUGAAUCAGACAACGGCAUCGUCGGAAACUCCGGAUCACUUCUAUCCCGGCUGGGAAAAGGAGCUGUACGAGUACAAGCGAUCGCUCAAGGUACCGCCCGAGUUGAUCACGAUCGAUGGUGGAUUGUAUAUGCAUCGGAUUUCGACUUCGCUUCCGGAUCUGGAUUCUCCGCAUCAUAGUGACGGAUCGGAAACAUUUACGGAAAUUAGAAAGAAACUUAACCAGCGCGAUUUUGGGUCAGCACCACCGAAACGCUUCAAAACGAAAGCUGCGGCUAAGCAACAGCAGCAACUGCCCUUGCCCGGAACGUCCUCAUCGUCAUGUACUACGAUAGUGAAGGAGGAGGAGCAUAAUCGUCAGGAGCAUAAGAAGAUUGUCGAUGAUAAAAAGUUCCGAUCGAUCAUAGAGCUACUACAUCGUCGUUGCAUUGCGGCUCAGGGAGCGAAACCCACUCCAACCUCUAGCAGUGGUCGAGGAAAGGGAUCAAAAAGUGCAGGAAAGAGCACCAGCAAUACUUCCAGCAGUGAGAACGCUAAACCCAAGCAGGAGUUCGAACUGUUGCCGACACCGGGUGCCGAAUCGGAGUCACUCUUCAGCAAGAAUAGCAAGAAGAAAAAAUCCCUGUUCGACACGGCCAUCUUGAAGUCACGAACGCGCACCGAACAGAAAGCGAUGCAGAGCAAGGAGAUGAUCCGUGAAGUAUUCGGAGGGGAUGAUGAGCGGCCCCAAUCGGCACCACCGCUCAGCUGUGGCCCGGCACAAGCUCCACUCUACGAGGAUGGCCUUCGGAAUGUGACGUUUGACGAGCGGUACAAUGAAUUGAUGCGCAACCACGAUCGGAUUGUCGAUGAGCUCGACGGUGGAGCUGCGGCAGUAGCGGUCAAACAGGAACCUCUAGAAGAUGAAGAGGAAGAAGAAGAGGAAGAAAUGGAAGACGAGGAGGAAGAUGAUGAUACGCAAGAUGGGAGCGUACGGAUGAAAGACUCCGAGCGUGAUACACCGUCGAUUGCUUCGGAGCGAGGUGAACGUGAGCUUCCCGGUACACCACUGUCCUUUCAUGGUGGAGCGGCAAUCCUCAGCGUGAAUGUGUCCGCAUCGAGCAGUGGCCAUUUGGCUGUACCAGCUGCACCCAAAAAGCGUGGCCGUGGCCAUCGCACAUCACGGCGCAAGGGUAGUUCGGGGUUUGACUACAUUCGCAAGAAAAAGAAACCUUCGCAACAACAUCACCAUGGCAACCAUCAACAUCAACACGGAACAUUAGGUGGCAAUGGUCUGAAUGGUUCGAUAGGUGUAAGGAAGGUGACGGCAUUCGAGAACAUGGAGGGAAAGGAUGAGACCCACAUCGGUAAGGAGAUUCGUAGUUGGGUGCUGAACAAGGGUGUUGGUGAAAGCGUCAUGCAUAAGGCGGCUCGCUUGGGUUACACGGACGUCAUCGUAUACUGUCUCGAACGGUUGGAUAUGGAUCCAGACCUGAAGGAUAACGCUGGCUACACACCACUGCAUGAAGCGUGCGCCAAAGGACAUCUGGAUAUUGCCAAUUACCUACUCCAAUAUGGCGCCAGUCACUCGGAGCCUGCUCCGUCUGGAAUGCGUCCACUGCACGAAGCAGUAGAAAAUUCGUUUGUAGAGAUUGUGCGACUGCUACUGGCGUUCGGUGCUGAUCCAAUGCUAGCGACGUAUGCCGGUAUGACACCGAUGCAGCUAGCCGAAAGCGAUGACAUGACGUUAUUCCUUGAGCACCACCUCAACGAUGUGCAGAGUAUGGCGCCCAAUAAGAUUGGCUGGAAGUUUGACGGACCUUGGAAGAUUCAUGAUCCAGAAGAAAGUGGUUGCAAUAUAUUCUCGAACAUCCCGGGAUUCGAGGAAAACGAUGGCCUAACAUCGCUGAAUACCAGCGGUAGCAGUAGUGGUGCAAUAUCGUCCGCUUCCAGCAAACGAUGCGAUUCGAACUCUAACAUAAUGCACUACGAAGUGGGCGAAAAUGUUACUAGCAACUUGUCACUUGGUACUUGCGAUUCUACCCGCAAACGGAACGGGAUAUGUGCGAAAAACCUUCCUGUAGGGUUAAGAAAUGGCAAAAUCAAGCGUGUACUUCCGAAACAGGAAGAACGAUCAGCGAAUGGAAUUGUUCUCCGUACGAAAUUAUUUAACGGCGACGAUCGAACGAAUGCAGACCAGCAAGAUCUGGAUUUGAAUGACGCCGCUAGCGAAGAUGAAGAGGACGGUGAGGUGAUGUUCGAGUAUGAGGAAGCUGAUCGACCCUUGCCACCGUUGUACGUGCUGAAGGAUGAGUACAACGAGCGCUGGAUGUUAAUGAGUGAUCUUUGCAACUUUCUCAAGUUCAAAUCGAAAGAGGCCGUUCUGAGACAGAUAUGUCCCAACAAUUCGACCAACAGUCAGCGUGAACUGAUACGAGAGAUGAAGAUCGAAGAGUUUCUGACCCGGGCAAACUGUCUGCAGCUAUUGUGUGCCGGCGAGAAACUGAACAUCCACGCUUCGAAGGUGGUUCUGGUGAAGUACAACGACAGUGUCAAGAGUCUGCUGCAAGUACAGAGCUUCAUGACACGUAUCUAAACCACAAGGGAGCGAUCGAUCGAUGCAAACUAGGAUAGUUUAUCAAGGCAAGGCCGUUUUUGUGUGCAAGACUGAGCGUUCAGACACUGAUACCGAACAAAACCAGUAGACAACGCAUCACGACCCAACUGUAAAGCUCGGUGUUACAAAAGAAUCAUCAGUAAAACGGAACCUACUAAAGGUUAUAUCACACACCGUUCGAUAUCGUCAUAGUUUUAAGGAAUAGCUGUUUUAAUGUAAUCAUGUUAUAUUCUUCCCUAUUCUCCUACUAUUAUUUUAUUAGUUUGUUGUAGCAUACCUUUAUUUCUUCUAUGUGUGUAUGUGUGUGCGUGUCGUAUAUAUGAUUGUGAAUAUAGAAAAUAUAUCUAGCAAAUGGGAAAAUGGAGCAGAUGGCAUUCUCCAGAAGGUAUUUAGCAAAAGUACACCUUUCUAGUUAGUAAGGAAGUUGCCUAAUCAUUGCAAAUGGACGGUGAAUGCAGGAUAGGUGUAGCAACAAUUUCAGUUAGUAUCACGAGUUUAGUUAGUUUGCACUGAAGAUAUGGUAGCGAUGCGAUACAUGCAUAUACAUAUAUAUUUAUUCAACUAGCUAACACGCUCAAAAAACGGUACCGGUACCCGUUACUCAUCGUUACUAUACUCCUCGUCCCAUAUUGUUUUUGGUUAAGCGUUUUGUUGCGUGUAGAAGCUGAUGAUUGUGUAAUUUUAAACUGAUGUGCAAACAUUUUAGUAUAGCUUAAUUACGUUAGAUUUUGUUCAGUUUAUGUUUCGCCUGUUUGUAGUAUAAUUGUCCGUUAGUUUUAGUUUAUCUUGUAAACUCGUUUGUUUGUGCGUUACUUUCGUUCGAAAUAUGUGUAACCGCGGUGUGGAGUAUGUUCUUUUUUUUAAUCAAUUUCGUUGACUUAGGUAAAUGUUUGUUGCGUAUAAAGUACUAGACCCCUUCUUGUUGUUUGGAAGUAUGUUUUAUAGUGUGUUGAUGCUCAUCGGUGGUACCUUCCAUAAUAUGACUCCAAAAACCAAUGGAAAAGCACGUGAGGCGUAGUUAACCUUGUACUCAAACCAUUGAACUGGGCAGGAGACGAGAUACUCGAAUAUAUUGCGUUGUGUAGUUGAGCGUGUAAAGGAAUGUGCAAGUGCUGAAGCGAUACGCCGGAGGAAACUCAUUGACUGAUUGUUUACUAUUUCACUUUGUAACAAUAGUAGCGAACGAGAGCCUAAAGAGGGAGGAUUAUGAAUGAAGAUUAGGUCGUGAGAUUAGGUAUUUGAAGGUGCCUAGCAAAACUAUAUGAAGGGUUCUAAACGAAUGUCAAGGCUAAUGAUAAGGAAAAACGACAAUUUGAAGGUUUCAUGUGUGUCGAACGCGAAGGGAUCGUAUAACCGUGUGUUUACUGUAACCAGCGCAGCUCGACCCGGUUAGGUUUGUUGAGUUUUUGAAUUUUUCAAGUGCAAUCAUAGAUUUGCAAAUUUUUAACGCAAACGAAUCCGAGCACUAACGUGUAUAGCUAGCAAAAGGAAAGGAGUUGGAAAACGGAAACGGGAUAUAUAUGAGAGUGAGUGGAAAGAGCUAAGUGCAUUAAUGCAGCGUUACGUUUUAUAAAGGGAAAGUGUUUCGUAAACGGAUAUACAAUUAGUAGCAGACUUGUCAUCUUCGCUAUGGCACACGUGCGAAUAAAGCAAACGUGCGUUAGGGUAAUCAGAAUGGCAAGCAACACAUGUGAUGAUUUUCGAAACGAUAAAGAAAAGUAAAACAAACAUGGAACAGUUUACAAAUAAGAAACGAUGUGGCGAAGCAUGCACAAAGUUGCAAACCGCGAGACGAAGAAAGAGAGAUGGUUACGGAAAGCGAAACAGAAUAAUAUUAUACAAUUAUUAUUAUAUGUAAUGGUACUACAAAAAUCGACCUAUUUGUGUACGUUUCGAGUACUGCGUCGUGGCGUGCAAGUGUAGCGACACAGCUGGUGCAACCAUAUGGGUGAAACAUUCAUGUGUUUAAAAGGUUAAUGAAAUGUACUCGAAACAAAUGCGUCGUAAA